AUGCCUGUCACUAUUGUUAGAGAAGGAUGUACCCCCGAAUGCACCUGUACAGAGCGUGAGAAACGAAGGCAACUCAAGGAAUGUGCGUCAUUCAAAGAUGAAUGGCAUUUUAACGACUACUACAACAUCGUUGUCUCUAAGCACUCUAUGCUUUGCAAAAUAUUUGAUGAAAUACAUAAUGUUCAUGGAAGUGAGGAUGAGAACAAGAACGAAAAGGAAAACGAAAAUGGGACUAGUGCCCUGUACAAGACAACAGAGGUCCUGAUAAUCCGUGGUCCCUGGGCUCGAAACAAAAACUUUCUGUACACUUUCACUAAUCGAAACAGCUCCGAAUUGGAGGAUAUAAUAGACAAGAUGAUCAUUAAAGAUGGUGGCUAUGAGAGACUCAGCUCGAUCCUGGCCAAAGAAGCACCGCCUCUGAAGUCCUUCGAUCCCAAGAUAGAUCGUGUACUUGAACCAGAUCGUUUCCCAACCAAUCAGAAAACUUACCCUAAUCUGCAUAUCAAUGGUUAA